CAGAGAAAGAGAGAGAGACAGAGAGAGAGAGAGACAGAGAGAGACAGACAGAGACUCUGGAUGCUGAUGUUGUUGUUGAUGUGAAACGUCAACGAGCUGAUGAGACUCCUGCACGCGCUGGACUCUUAUUUCUUCACCUUUCCUGCAGUUACAUAUAUAGCAGCACUGUGUGGUCGAGACCAGUUGAAGUUGGCUUCCUGCCUGUUGAGAUGUGCCAAUAGGAAACUCUGUGAUCGGGGGUUCAUGCUGAUGAAAUUGAUCUGCUCAGUGAGCUCCAACCAGAGCCAUGGGGAGUACCCAGACUGCCGCAGUGAGAGGGAGUCGGGAGGGGAGGCGUCUCUCCUGGUGUCUCCGCUGGUGGUGGCGGGGAUCGUUAUAGGUCUGGUCCUCUUCCUCUCCUGCGUCACCAUCAUCGUCGGCAGCCUGCGCAAAGACAGUCGACUCCGAAACCCGCACCUCCGAGCCAGCUACGGUCUGGACGGAUUUUCCUAUGGAGGUUCAGUCGGAGAGCUGAGAUCGACCUGCUUAGAAGACUUUCCUCCUGGUUUAGACUUUGACUCGUACAGAGAGACUCUGUCACAAGUCAACAACCUGUACCCGGACUCACCGCCGCGUUACGAUGAGUGUGUUGGCCCAGGUUCGACUCAGGUCUACAUACCUACGGAUGAUCCACCUCCGUACUCACUGUUGGACCCCUGUCAAGGAGGGGCGGAGCAGGAGGAGCAGCCUGACUACACCGGCCUGGAUCCGUCUCCAUACUGUGGAGAGAUCUCUGCCAGCGCCGCCUGGUUCUCCCCCUCCCGCUAUCCGCUGGGACUGCAGGAGCAGGAGCAUCAACACAUCGCCUCCAUCUCCUUCCCGCUGGAAGCGGCACCGCCUUAUGAGUCGGUGUUGGCCGAGCAGGGACACCCCCUCCCUCUCAUGCCAUGUGACCUUUAUAAACACCAAUCAGAGACGGGGGAUGGUGGCAACUCCCGGCAACAAGGGGCGAACCAGAUCUUGUAGGACAAUUAAUUUGUUUCUUUCACCUGCGCCGCCGGCCGUCCCCAGCUGAAUUAAACAAACACUUGUAAUGUGGGGAACGCGAGCAGCUGUGACACCAAACAAUGGACACAGACUGAGAUAGACACCUCUUCCACACAGUUGCUAACACCUAACAAGGGUGAGAAUUUGCUGACUUCUCAGUGGACUGAAACUCAGCCAGCUGAACCACAGACAAAACAAAGACUCACUUAUUGUACUGUAAGGUUUGUCGCCUCCCUCGGACAAAGGCUCUCCAUUAUUCUUCCAUCUGGUAACAACACCUGUGUCUGGUUCAGUUCUUGCCAUGUUCUCUCCUUCCUGAACGAGGACUGAUGCAGGUCGUGUGUUUUUUGGACUUUACAAAAACAUCUUUUAGAUGACGGUAAUCUGACUUUGUCUGUCGAAGAAAGGCUGAGUGUAAACAGUGUGGUAUUUCGUAGUGUAGUUUAAGGUAGACAGAAGCACACACCUCUCGCAUUUCUUUUGCAUUUCUUCCCCUGGCAUGUUUCGGAUGAACCACCAGAACACGGCUGCUAAUUUCCAGUCUGUGGUGUGUGAACAUUUAUAGCAGCGUGCCGUCCGUUAGCUUCCAGUGUGGUGGUAGUAUCCUAGUGGAUGACUUGUUGUAACCAUAAAUUAAUUAGGAAACCACCUGGACAGGAAUUAUCAACACUCCCACACCCCCUAUCCAGAAGUCAUUGUUGAAUAUUUCAUGUCCAGAGAGGGCAUUUCAACUUGUCCACUGUUGUAUAAAUUGUUAGAACUCUUUUUUAUCAAGGGCUCUGGUUUUAUUAUCAAGUCUGUAACUGGACCCCAGCAGCAAAAUGUAGCUCUGAGCCCUCCUCCACGAAGGAGGUCGGGUUAAUGCAACAAAGACGUUACACAUUAAACUGUAGAUCUAAACACAAA